UGGCAAGAAAAUUUUACUUGCAGUCUGAGACAACAAUAAGAUUUUAAAGUAAGAUUUUUCUUGUAGUGGAUAAGGUUCUCCUGCUACAUUAAUUGAAAGUUUUUAUCCUAUACACAUACCAAGUCAACCUAAUUAGAAUGAAGUAUAAUAUCUGGGACAACUUUGUUGAAAGAAAAAACCCAUAAAAAUUAGUCCUCUCCAAAUAUAUAAAUCCCAUUCCCUGGUGUGCAAAGCAUAGUUGGUUGUGCUAAGGCCAGAAAACUGUCCAUGGCUCUGAGAAAGGUCGAGAAAUUAAGGGCAACAAAGAAGGAAAUCAAUAGGGGAGCGUGGACGGUGGAAGAGGAUCGGAAACUGGCAGAAGCCGUCGAAAUCCACGGCCCAAAGCAAUGGAAGACCAUCGCCGCCACCACAGAUCUGAAUCGGUGUGAUAAGAGUUGCAGGCUUAGAUGGAUGAAUUAUCUUAGACCAAACAUCAAGAGAGGAAGUAUGUCUGAUCAAGAAGAGGAUUUGAUCCUCAGACUUCACAAACUCCUAGGAAACAGAUGGUCGUUGAUUGCUGGAAGAUUGCCGGGUCGAACAGACAACGAAAUCAAGAAUUACUGGAAAUCCCAUUUGAGCAAGAAAAUUGAGAAGUCAAACGAAGGAAUUUCAAGAAAAGAAGAAAACUCCAAGAGUGGAGAAAAGCCAAACCCAUCCAAAUCCACUGUUACUGGUUCUUCUGAGGACUCAAAAAUCAGCUUUGAUUUGGAUGACUUUUUUGAUUUCUCCAACGAGAAUCCCUCAACUUUAGAAUGGGUAAGCAAAUUUGUUGAUUUGAAUUCAUAAUCUCCAAUAAUAGAUGUUUACAAGGGUUGACCAAAAUAUCAAGAUGAUUUUGGGGAUUAUUAGUGUGUAGAUUAUACUUUGAACUUCUCUUUCGUGUUUAUUGAUUACACUUGUAUAUUUCGUACCCAAUCCCAAGUCCGAGUAAAUGAGGAUUUUGAUA